AUGGCUUACGGCUGCUGCGUAACCUUGCUUUCUACAGGGCUGGGUGCCUCAUGGCUAGGCUUGUGGCGUCAAAGCACCACCCUUGCAGCCGAUGCACAAACCCCUUCCGACCUCGCAUCAAGUCCAGAAGAGCCAGUGGUCAGGAGCCGAAGAUUACCAGCGGCACCUUUGCAGCUCUAUGCGCCAGUAACGCCAGGGCUUGCUGCAGGCCCGGGGCUCAGCUCCAGGACACUUCGUUGCAGUCCCUAUCGCCUAUCCCCCUCUUCUCUCACCGGCUCGCACCUCGCGCCUCGACCCUCAGACACCGCGCGCGCACGAUCGUACUCGAAUUCAUUCCCACCUGCGACAGCUUCACCACGGCACCCCAUCCUACGCUCCGAAUUCUCGCUUUCUCUUGCUGCUGUGCGCUCACAGUAUCGACGGCGCAGUCAAGAUCUCGUUUCGACCUCUGAGUCGGGCGCUCGUUCAGAGGGCUAUUCCAACUUUGGUUCUGAAGGACACUAUCCAUUCAUCACCGACUCCCACCGAAACAGGUCUUUAAGUCAUUCGAUCAAACUCUCCCGGCAUACUUCUGCGCACGGCACAUCGCCUCCUUCGCUCGGUCACGUUGUCAUCCUUCCAGCAUCCGGUCCGAGUCUCAGUCGAUCGAGGAGAACUUCACCGUCGCUCGGUAUUAGGAUGGAAUCUCUGGGGCCUCAGUGUCUUGAGGUUAGCCUGGUACCGAUUGAGUCAAUACCCUCGAAUGGCAACGGCGGUCGGGUUCGAGAAGGUGGAGCUGGCGAAGGAGCGCCUCCUGGCGGUCAAAGUAUCGGAGGAGAAGUGCUAGGGCUGGGAUUAAGCGGACCGGCAUUGUCCAGUCUCGACCACCAUCACCACCAGGCGAUUCGGGCAGCGGUUGCGAGCCUGCAAAUACAUAGCUCGCAGCCGGAGCAGUCCAAUCCCCUCCACACACCGCUUUACACCACUGCCCCCCUCCCAGACCGUUCACACCUCCACUCCCAGCACACCUCACGGCCCCCUGCUUCUUCCCAACCAUAUCAGCCUCAAACUACUCUGCCUCCGUCUUCCACUCUUGUACCCCCUCGUGCGCCGCCAGACACCGCAGGGCGAGGACCGCUUGUCAGCCAAAUCUGGCCGGCAGGCGCCGCAGUUGAUGGCGACGCCCUUCAAAGCCCGCACACAACUGCGCCCCUCGCACCACACAGCACGCAAGGUCACGGGGCUCCUGGCUUCCCACCUCCUCCAUCGCGGACCUCUACGGCCGCUGGCGGCAUCGCAACCGUUAGUGCUGCAGGAUCGGGAGCGCUAGGAGGUGUGAUAGGUGCACUCGAUGCGACAAUCGCAGCGACGGGCCAGGCAGUUCCACCAGGUCACGGGACAACAAGCGAGAUUGCGCACAUCGGUUGUGCGCCCCACACACAUGAGCAUAACUUGGCGAACUCGGUUCCCACAGCAGUCCAGCAGCAGGAUAAUCUCCAGAGUUUCCUGUCUAGUAGUCUGCAAGGUGGGGGAGUGUUCAACGGGGGCAUCCCGGAUCAUACUGGACGACGCACACAGACGAGCGAGUCGGGAUACUCAAAGGCAACCGUAUUGAGGCCGCCCUCUGCCAUCCCCAUCCCACCAAUCCCUCCUACCAUCACUUCCAUCUCACUCAAUCUGUCCCAACCAAACGGUGCCCACCCGUCCUUCGGAGUGACCAACGACGGCACUUGCGAUCACCACCACACCCACGACCCGGUAAAUACGGCAGAGUGCAACACGCCGCUCGUCGACAGUUUCACAAGCCCAGCCAACGUUCGCAACACGGCCAACACCACGGACCAAUCGACAGACGGUGCACACAUCGCAUCUGCGGCCGCCUACCCAUAUUCCAAUUCUCAGACGCAGCCCGAGUCAAGCCGAUCUGCCGCCCAAGUCGCCUCAUCCAGAAUAGCUACGAUUGCCAACGUGAUGACCACCAUGAACCUGCCCGAUACGACAUCGAGUCCGUCCCUCAACUCGCCAGUCCUCGAGACACCGCACACCGUAUCACUUUCCGAACCCACAUCUUCGACUGACGAUGAUUGCAUUCCCAAGGCGGAGAUCGGGGCUGAGGGGUCUCACGCCAUGGGUGCUCCAGGGUCAAGCUCGACGAUGUACGGCCAGCAGGACGGCCAUCUGAUUUUCUCCUUGCCGCGACAGGGAGACCCAACCCAGGCCUCCGCACCCCCCGCACCCCCCGCACCCCCCGCACCCACUCGCCAGAUGCCAUAUUACCCGGCGCAUCAGCAACUCACCAUUAACACCGCGGCCUCAUCCAUCGUUCCGUCAGCGUCUUACAACACUCAGUCAGCGCACAUCCACACCCCUUCCUCUUCAUCCUCUCAACCCUCAUCCUUCAUCCCUCCCUCCUACCACACACCUCACUACACAACAACCCCUACCCAUCUCCCGCCACGACCUACGCCUCCAUCCGAGCCGUCGUCGACGCUGCCCAACCAGCCCUUCCCUUCAAACCCCACGACGCAGCUGUCGCACCAGCUCCAGACGCCCCAGUACCCGUUCACACCAGAGGCAUCCGAGUCCUCCCGCGCCUACUCGUACUACACGCCGUAUCAGUUUGGCUCGCAGCCCGGACAAUCCGACCAGUUCACGCCCUACUCCGAUUCAACCUACACGCCGACUCCAGCAGCACCCGGGGGAUCAGGAGGAGCACUGAUCCGCCGCACCUCUUACCCGCCCAGCUACUUCCCCAGGUGGUUCAACAGCGGCAGCACUACGCCAACCGGCCCGCAUCCCUAUCACUACCAACAGAUGGUGCAGCGUCCGGCUGAGCCGAUCCUGGCUCCGGGAGAGGACGUCGCGCAGCGUCCGCCCGCAUGCUAUGCCGCCCUCAUCGCCGAGGCUCUCCUCCUUUCCGACCCGCCGCACCAACUGCUGGUGUCCGAAAUCUCCGAGUCGAUCAAGUCUCGUUACGUCUAUUACCGCCAGUUCCCGUCCAAGAUCUACAAUGGGGUGCGGCACCAAACGUCCAUGUGCAAGGCAUUCGUGAAGCUGAACCGGCCCUGGGGCGACCAGUCGGGCGGCGCACGGAAGUGGGCGAUCCGCGAUGGGUGCCAGAACAGCUUCCAGAUGGGUUCGCCGACGUGGACGCUUCCACCGCGCUUUUUGCCAAACGCUCAAGCCCAGCAGGCAGCCAAGCUCAAGGCCAAGGCGCAGAGCCGCACCAUGGGCAAGUCGAAGGCGCUCGCCCUCGGACGCGGAGAGGAGAGCCCGGACCGCGAGCUGAGCCCGUUCGACGACACCAACGGCCCCUCGAACGGAAACGCGUGGGACCCCGACCGCGACCCGCACCCCUGGAUCAAUGAGCCAGCCUACCAGGCUCAUCUGGCCAAGAGGAAGCAGGAGCUCGCGCUCAACCCCGAAGAGCCCCGCACGCCACCCAACCCCCAGUACUACCCGCCCAACGGGUACAGCCUCUCGCCCGUCAGCCCCUACUCCUACAAUCAUGAGCAGUACAUGUCCUCCGGCGGCUGGCACCCGGCCUACUCGCCCGAGCCGUACCCCGCAGCGUACCACGACACACCUGCCCCGAGCGGCACGGCCAACCCCUCCCACCUCAGUGGCGCAAGCAACGCGAGCGGCAGCGGAGCAAGUGGCGCCAGCAGCUCGAGCCAGGCCAGGUCUUACCCCGACUCCCACUCGAGCGAGUACCACACGCCCCAGCCACAGGCGUACCCCUACUACGGCGGAUACGGCAGCCCGCGCUUUACCCUCCCAACAGUUAUCCGCCCCUUUGGGUCUUCCGGCCCCGGCUUUAGCUCGCAGGGAAGCAACUUCAGUCCACCUGGCCCCGGCUUCGGCUCCAGCAUGGGCAACAGCCUCAACUCGAGCAUGAACAGCAGCUUUGCGUCGAGCAACGGGGGCUUCGGCGGCAGCGGUGGGUUCGGAGCACAGGGCAGCGGUGGUCCUGGCGGCAACGGCAACGGUGGACCGGGUGGGCCCGGUGGCGGCGGAUUCAACUCCCAUGCGACGGGGAACAAUAGCACGAUGUACGAUGGCGCAGACGAGGACUCGCCUCUGACGGAGAUUCCGACGCCGGAGUUCAAGACGGAGCCGUAG